GUGUGUUUUUCCCCUCAGCUGAGGUUUGAGGGUCAACUGGUGGCUGCACAAUGGGAACUGUUUGGCUUCUACUGGUCUGGGUACUGAUGUGUUGGCCUGCCAAAGGCUUGCAUAUGACAGGCUUUGGAGGAACAAAAGGAGAUAAUGAGGAACUUCAAGGAAUAUGGAGAGGAGUUUCUCCAAAUCAUAUUUCCAUAAAGACCCUUGGGCUUGUCAAGUCAAUGGAUUCUAUGUCGGAAAACCAAGUUAAAGAAGUACUACUGGAAACCAAUGAGGUUGAAACUCAUACCUCAUUUGGACGCGUGAGACUUCAGGGCCUGGACAGGCGAAGAAAGCUAAAAGAUAAAGAGGCAUCUAAUGAAAUAACUGUGGCCUCAAUUAAUGUGACUGUGCCCGCCACUAUCAAUGGGGCAGUAGUUGGCGGCAAGCACUUUGUGACUGGUGCCAUUGGGACUGUGGUUUUAUCCAACGGGACUGUGGUUGCCAGCAAUGAGAGUGUAGCUAGCACCACCGUAACUGUGUUUGUGGGCAAUCAGACGGUGGCCAGCGCCAAUGACACCAACAGACCCCUGGUUGCCGGCAACGUGACUGUGGCCAUCACUAAUGGGACUGUAGUUGAUCAUCUACCAUUUUGGAUUUCUGCUUCAGGUUCUGUCAGCCCUUUCUCUUUCAGCUGGAGGCAUUGUUGCCCUCGGCUUUGUCUGCUGUUCUGUCUGCCUGGAAAGGUCGCUCUGCUGGUUCUGUGGUACAGUCUGGAUGACUUGGCGGUUUCUCUCUUUGAAAUUCAUAACUGGGAUGUAAUAUAACAAAAGUGGUCUUGUUGGAUAAGCUGGGUUUCAAGUACAUGAAGGCAAAACAAGACCUGAUGGAACUUUAAAGGUUAAAGUAUUAAAAGUACAAAAAGGUUUGCAAAAAUGUUUGAUCGAGUGGAUCAGGCUUAGUUUUAAUUCCAGUCAUACCCUCUGCUUGAUGCUGGUUCUAUGUCUCUUCAGCAUUGAGAGCUCACAACCACAGUAAUUUACGAAAGGUUGUCAUUUUUCAUUAUAUAGCUGUCAAGAAAGAUAGAUUUAAAUCCUGCUGUUUACCUUUCUGAGUAAAAGAGAGUGCCAAAGCAAACUGCAUAAAAUAUUACUGGCAAACCCCAAGAAUGCAUUAAUUCCAACAGUUUAUUGCUUUACUAGCAGAAUAGGAAAAUUAUUUUCUGCAAUCUAGGCUUUAAGGAAGAAUACUUAAACAAUACUUGACAUCUGUUGGCCCGCAUCUAAAAUGGUUUCAGAACAAUUUCACUUUAAUACAUACAGUAAUUCAUUUAGACAUGGUUUAAUAAUCCAAGGAUCAUCUGCAUGAAUGUUCUUAGUGUUAGAUUUAAGUUGGCUACAUAACGCUACAGUGGUUUCAGAAUGUCAGGAGAUCACUUCCUUAUAUUACACACAUAAACAAAGUGUGCAAGGCAAGGUUUCACCCUGCAAAGAUGAUCUAUCAGCUUAUAUGUUGAAACCUGAUUUAGUAUAUUUUUUCAUUAGUGAAAUCAAAAGAAUUCAUGCUGUCAGAAUAGGUGUAACACAUGACUACUUUUUUAUGGGAGUAAUUUUUCUAAUGGUCUGUAUAAAGAGCUGUUUAUUACAACAAUGUCAAAAUAGCCAGGUUCUUUAGGUAUUAAUGAAAUCAUUUUGUGUCAGAUCCAUGAUCAGUUGUUUUUGUUUUACUUUUUCCUGUUUGUUUUACAAACCAAAACAACUGAACAUCCUUUAAGCAUAGUGAUUCCCUCUUUUUCUGUCAGGAGUUGUAAAAGACCUUUAGGCCUGCAGAAGGUGACCGCCAAAAAGACCACACUUACUGAAACACACGCAGUCACCAGCAGUGUACAUAAACUGACACAGGUAAUCAUACAUGCAAAAUAUGAGCAGUUGUUUGUGAUUAGUGAAGAAACACAACAAUUAUAAUUCCUCUUAAAGGUUUGAGACCUGCAGCUCUGCCAGCUCAUCAAGUCCCAGAUAAACAAGGCUUUUGGUUGUUAUAGACACACACACACACACAGAGGACUGCAACAUAGACAUGCACAUAUUAAGAAAAAUCAGUGUCUGCAUUAAGAACAAACAAUCCCCACCACAUACACUCUGACACAGCGUGAGUCCACAGUUAUUGCACUAGAAGGCAGACUAAUAGCUCUCCUGUCCUCAGCUGAACUGUGGGGGAAACCAUUCAAAGCGGUUUACACAGGAAAGGAGUAAGCAGCCCAAAUUAUAAUAACAGCUUCAUUCAUUAAACUCUGUGCCAACACACACGCCUGCUGAGGGGAACGUCUCCUGCGCUUCAGAGUAGAUUUUUUAAGUUGUACUGUCCUCAAUUCACCUCUGCCGGCUCACAACUCAGAUUUUUAAAGAAAUGCAUUUAUGUUUGCUAAUUUAACUCUUUAAAUCUUGUUGUGAAGCUAUGGUCACAAAAAAAAAGAUUU